AAAGAAGGAGACAUAGAUAUCGGCGGAAUUUUUGGUCUGCAUUCCCGUAUAGAGAAAUCGGAACUUUCAUUUGAAAUCAGACCGAGCGCUGUGAAAUGUGAAAGAUUGGAAUUCCAAAUGUUCCAAUUCAUACAGGCGAUGAUAUUUGCGAUUGAAGAGAUAAACAGGAGUCCCGUUCUUCUUACAAAUAUUACACUGGGCUACAGGAUUUAUGAUUCAUGCAACCUGGCCCGCUUGUCAGUAAAAGCUACUUUCGAAAUGAUCAACGGUCAGGAGCCAACAUCCCAAGAGAACUCUUGUCUCCCGCGCUCACUCGUCCCCGCCAUCGUGGCAGAAUCGGGAUCUUCGCAGUCGCUGGCGCUGGCUGCGUCGAUAGGUCCUUUCAAUGUCCCCAUGGUUAGUUAUUUCUCCACGUGUGCCUGUCUCAGCAACCGGCGAGAAUUCCCCUCCUUCUUUCGAACGAUCCCAAGCGAUUACUUCCAGACCAAAGCAUUGGCGCAAAUUGUCAAGCGGUUUGGAUGGACUUGGAUUGGAACAGUGAGAAGCGACAACGAUUAUGGAAACUUUGGGAUGCAGGCCUUCACGGAGACGGUUCAGAAGCUUGGGGUUUGCAUUGCCUUCUCCGAGUCUUUCCACAGGACGUAUUCGAGAGAAAGGUUACUUCGUGUUAUCCGCACUAUUCAGACAGCGUCCACGAAAGUCGUGGUUGCUUUUCUUGCUCAAGGCGAUAUGGCCAUUUUACUGAGAGAAAUUGCUCAACAGAACAUUUCUGGCAUCCAGUGGGUCGGGAGUGAGGCGUGGAUCGCCACUUCGCUUCUGUCUCCAGAGGAGAACAAAAACUUCGUUACGGGGGCCAUCGGUGUUGCCAUUCGUAACGUCAAUAUUCCAGGGUUCAAAGAAUUCUUAACUCGUCUUCAUCCAUCUGCCUAUCCCGGUAAUCGUUUAGUGGAAGAAUUUUGGGAAAAGACCUUUGGCUGUAGCCUGAAAAGAAUAGAUAAGAGCACAGGAAGCACGUCUGCCACGGCUCAACCUCGUCAAUGUACAGGAAUGGAGAACCUAAAGUCUGUCUCUAACACCUACACGGACACAUCUCAGCUGAGGGUGACCAACAAAGUUUAUGAGGCUACUUAUGCCAUAGCCCAUGCACUUCACAAUAUGUUUUCCUGUAAAAGUGGUGAAGGUCCAUUUGUCAAGCAGUCUUGCGCAAAUAUUUCACAUUUUCAGCCGUGGCAGGUUUUGCAUUACAUGCGAUCGCUAAAUUUCACAACUAAGGUCGGAGAAAGGAUAAAUUUCGACGAAAACGGGGAUACGAUGGCUAAGUACGAUAUUGUGAACUGGCAGGUGAAUAGCGAGGGGAAUGCCUCUAUUCUGAUAGUUGGACAUUAUGACGGAUCCGCGCCGUCAGCUGAACAAGUUAUAAUAAAUGAGGGAUCUAUAGUUUGGUCUGAUGGUCGCAGAAAGGCUCCCCAGGCAGUCUGUUCAAACAGCUGUUCCCCUGGAACAAGGAAAGCAGCUCGCCAGGGACAGCCUAUUUGUUGCUUUGAUUGUAUUCCAUGCCCCCAAGGAGCUAUCAGUAACACAACAGAUUCAAUCGAGUGCAUGAGGUGUCCCAGCGAUUCCUGGUCAAACGACCGGCAAGACCAAUGCAUACAGAAGCAACUUGACUUUCUAUCAUUUGACGAGAUGCUGGGGAUUGUCCUGACCACGCUGGCGCUGUUCGGAGCUUGCAUCACUGCCACGAUAGGUGGCAUUUUCUUGCUUCACAAAGACACUCCGAUCGUGAAGGCCAAUAAUUCGGAGCUCAGUUUCCUUCUUCUCCUCGCACUGAGUCUUUGCUUCCUCUGUUCAGUCACAUUCAUUGGCGAGCCGUCGCCGUGGUCCUGUGUGUUACGCCACACCAUGUUUGGCGUUACUUUCGUCCUUUGCGUCUCCUGUGUUUUGGGCAAGACUAUAGUUGUGGUGAUGGCAUUUCAGGCGAAAGUACCCAGCAAUAAUGUGGCCAGGUGGUUUGGUCCUCUACAGCAACGCCUGACUGUGUUUAUUCUUACACUGCUGCAGUGUUUAAUAUGCACCGUCUGGCUCAUCAAAUCCCCACCGCUCCCUAUCAAAAACAUGGCCUAUUCGAACGAAGUGAUCCUCCUGGAGUGUAACGUGGGGUCCGAAGUAGCAUUUUACUGGGUCCUGGGUUACAUUGGGUGCCUGUCAUUGGUUUGUUUUGCAGUUGCUUUUUUCGCACGAAAUUUGCCGGAUAAUUUCAAUGAAGCGAAGUACAUCACAUUUAGCAUGAUAAUUUUCUGCGCUGUUUGGAUAUCUUUCAUUCCAGCUUAUGUCAGUUCUCCCGGGAAAUUCACUGUAGCUGUGGAAGUAUUUGCCAUUUUGUUUUCCAGCUUUGGCUUACUUUUCUGUAUCUUUGCACCUAAAUGUUACAUCAUAUUAUUAAAGCCGGAGAGAAAUACAAAGAAACAUUUAAUGGGAAAAGUGUCCUCAUAA